AUGAGCAACGGCAACCCAGUCCCCAACCUCAGCGUCGUCGACGCCUUUGCGCGUGCCCUCUACCGCCGCGCAAAGACGUCCGGACCCGACUUUGCAGACGUAUCGACCGUCGUCCGCCGCCUGCACACCGUCCUCAAGCACCUCAGGGUUGAGUCCGAGGAUCCGGACUCGCUCCUCAACUCGGACGCGUCGUCCGUCUAUGCGCGCCAGCUUGCGCCCCUCGUCGAGGACUGCGACUUCGCCCUUAAGCAGCUCGAGACCAUACUCGAAAAGUAUGGCGAGGCCACCCGCCUCGAGGAGCGCGAGCUGGACAUGGUCGCCAUGAUCCGCACCAAGCUCGCGAACCAGAAGACUAACAUCGACAUGUUUCUCGAUACGGUGCAGCUGCACAAUCCCAGCAAGGCCCAACGUAUCGUGGACGAGCAAGGGGGAAACUUGGAUAACAUCAAAGACAAGGUCGACGCCAUCGCCGCGCGGUUGUUUGCGAGGAGAGACAGCGGCAUCAGCGAGGACGACGAGGACCUGUGGCAGCAGUUCCGGACAGAGCUGGAAAAGGAGGGGUUCUCCAAGGACGUCUUGCGGAAGAACAAGGAGGUCUUGCGUGCCUAUAUCCGCGAGCUGGAGGAAUCAACUGGCAACGACGCCACGGCACCGCCCUCAGUCCGCGGCCUUCUCGCCCAGGAGCGCUCACACUCCAAUCCGGCCAUGGCCGUCACCCCGGCGUCCCUCCCACACCGAGACGGCCACGACACAGGAGAGACGUACGGCUCAUACGAUGAACGGUACGCGCCGGCAGCAGCAAGAGGCCAGCGGUCCGCACCCGCCAUGCCGAACCAGUACAGCACUCUAUCGAUGUACGAGCGGGAGAACGAUGCGGAGGACGACCACAACGACUCUCUGGCGCUCAUCUCGACCCGCGACCUGAUGGCCAUGGACACGGUCAACAACGGCAUGGAGAACCUUCGCCUCUCGGCCGCCGCGCAAAACUACAGCACGUCACCGUCCUCGGCGUCCCCCUCGACCCGUUACCUCCCACCAGACGUGGCCGCCGCCCGCGCAGCCGCCGACUUCUCCCCAUCUUCCCCCAACAACAAUAACAACUACAAAAACUUUGGUGUUUCACCGCGCUUCGUGCCCCCUAUGCCAUCUCAUGUCGGCGGCGGAGGAGGCCCUCCCCCGUCGUCCUACGGCGCCUCCCCGCGGACAUCCCAGACCCGAAUCGCGCCGGAUCGCUAUGGCAUGGGCAUCCCCAUGGAGGCCAAGUGGACACGCAUCCGCCGCGCCCUCGUCUCCCCCGAGAUUCUCGAGCGAGCCGGCGUCCGCUACGAAGCGCGUCCGGACUACGUCGCCGUCCUCGGCGUUCUCACCCGCGAGGAAAUCACGAACUACGCCCGCCUCUCCGCCGAGGCCCGCGCGGCACGCUCCUCAAGGCGCCGCAACGGCGGUGCUGGAGGAGUAGAAGGAGGUGAUGGUGGCGGUGGUGGCGGUAGUAACGCCGCGCCGACGAGCCACCCUUCCCCCAAGCGCCGCGGCGACUCGCCCGCCUCAUCAUCAGAUGACCCCCUCUGGGACUCCUCCGACAACUCCUCCGACGGGAGCUACCCAGACGACGAUCGGAAGGGCAACAAGACUUACUACAUCGUCCCACCGCCGUCGUCCGACCGGGAGAAGGGCACAUCCCCCGCCGCGACGGUCCAGCCGAAGCCGAUCCUUAAGAACAAGAACGAGAACCACGUGCGCUUCGACCCGGAGCCGCACGAGCUCGACCCGAACGCCCUGCCCUCGUCGUCGCCGCGCUCCUACCGCGACGACCGCGACCCGAGGAGAAGACGGCCCCCUCGACGGGAGUACAGGGACCGGGACCGCGAUCGGGACCGUGGCAGCAGAGACCGCGACGGGCACCACAGGGAUCGCGAGCGCGAGCGCGAGCGAGACCGAGACCGCGACAGGAACAGAGACAGAGAUAUAGAUCGGGACCGCGACCGCGACGGGUUCAGGGAUCGCGACAGAGAGAGGGACAGAGAUCGCGACAGGGACAGACACCGCGACCGCGACCACUAUCCCGGCCGCCACCACCGCGAGCGUUCGGACCGCGACAGGCGCGACAAGAAGAAGGCCUGGGGCGAGACGCUGGGCGCCGUGGGCAUCGGCGGCGCCGCGGCCAGUCUACUGAGUGUUCUGACCGAGGCUGCGUCCGUGUUGUAG